AAAACAAUCUCCAUGUCAGAUUCCCAUCGCGGAUUCCCCUAGAGAAACUGAAACAGUCUCUUCUAUUGGUUCUUCCGCUACCGUCCCUUGUUUCUUUUUUGGCCUUCUCUGAAUUUUCAAAAACAUUAUUUAUCAGAUUUGGUUCUGCGAAAUUUUUUAUACGUACCUAAUUGGCUUUGUACAUAUUGGUUUCAAGAGGAGUAUGGCACUUAGAAGCUGUUAUUGGUAAUUGAACGGUUUAAGCCUCAAUCCUAUCUGGAAAGAGGUCCUGGUUGGUGUGGUUGCAUCAUGGUGUGAUCAGAUGCUCAAGCAAAUUAAAAUGUAAUUCUGAUAACUGGAAAAGGAGAAAAGAGGCUCAUCGAUACCAGAGUCUCCAUAAUCUUCCUUUGUUGAUGAUUUUGUGGCAUUAGUCAGUUACGUGCUCAUUUACAAGAUGAACAACCAGUAUGGUGAAGAGCAUGACGAAGCAACAGUUGUGGGGUUUGAAGUUCCAAAAUCACCUGACUCAAGUUACAACAACGUGUACCCUGGUAAUGAAGACGAGGCACGGGACCCGCCUCUUGUCCCACCACAUCUCCAAAACACCUUAAUUAGCUACCCAGCAAGCAGAGACAUUGCUGGAACUCUUCCAUUGCCACAAAAUGUGAUUCUGAACCAUCUUUACAUUGAGAACAGGGAGCCCCCACGAUCUGUAGUGGCGCUUGGGUUCACGCAUCGAUUCCGUCAAAAAUAUGUUACAGUUGUAGUUUACAGACCAGUUCAUAGAAGGGGCAGUACCAGUACUUAACGGGUGUAUAGAAGAAAUAAUUAGGUUGGUUUAUUUGACCUUGUAAUGAUGGAAUUAGUCAUGGUAGACCCAAAUACGAAAUUAGCCGUGAAGGAUGUUUAUUGCGGCACAGCAGCUGAUGCACUUAACAUGUGUUUUAUUAAACUUGUCUGUAGACUUGAGUUAUUGAUAGUCUCAUGAGGCUAGACUUGCUACAUAA